AAACGACGCAGUUUGAGAAAGCCAACUUGGUCUUUUAAAAACGUCUUCGAUCUUUAAACCCUAAAAUUGGUCGCUAAAACCCUAGCCUCCACUUUCCCUAUCUUUCGUGUAUUCUUCUCUGCUCGAGAUCAACAUCAAUGACGGGAGAAAUAGUGAACCCUAAAGCGUAUCCUCUUGCUGAUGCGCAGCUCUCCAUAACGAUUUUGGAUCUUGUUCAACAAGCCGCUAACUACAAGCAGCUCAAAAAGGGCGCUAAUGAAGCGACUAAAACCCUUAACAGGGGCAUCUCCGAGUUUGUGGUGAUGGCUGCAGAUACUGAGCCACUUGAGAUUCUUCUCCAUCUUCCCUUGCUCGCUGAGGAUAAGAAUGUGCCCUAUGUAUUUGUUCCUUCAAAGCAAGCACUUGGCCGUGCAUGUGGCGUCACAAGACCUGUUAUUGCCUGUUCCGUGACCUCUAAUGAGGGUAGCCAAUUGAAAUCCCAAAUACAACAACUGAAGGAAGCCAUUGAGAGGCUUUUGAUCUAAACUUAUGGAUGGAUGUGUGAUCGGUGUGAUGGGCCUCUUGGAUUGUGAUUGUUGCUCCUUUGGAGGCUUUGACUGAUGAAGUUCAAGCUCAAGAAGAGGUCAUGAAUUGUUGACUGCUACUAAUAUUUUCCUCUUAUGUACUAUUGGAACAAUAUUUGGCGAACCUUGGAUGAACUAUGCUAUAGCUUGUUUGAUGUGAUUCAGUACUUUUUUGGUUGGAUGAAUAUAGUUUUUUGUCUCUCUGCAUGUU